UGUCUCAUGUUGUGUUCAGGUGGGCUGGUAAUGGGAACAGGCAUUGAGUCUUCAUCUAACAUCUAUGGCCUGUUUCAGCACAUUUGUGUGGCUUUUGAGCUUGUGUUGGCUGAUGGGAGUCUGGUCCGCUGCACUGAGAAAGAAAACUCGGACCUCUUCUAUGCCGUUCCCUGGUCUUGCGGUACUUUGGGGUUCCUGGUUGCGGCAGAGAUCCGGAUAAUCCCAGCUCGCAAAUGGGUGAAGCUUCGCUACGAAUCUAUACGUGGCCUGGAUGCUAUCUGCAAGAAGUUUGCAGAGGAAUCAGCCAAUAAGGAGAACCAGUUUGUGGAGGGACUGCAGUACUCUCGGGACGAGGCUGUGAUUAUGACGGGCACCAUGACAGAUCAUGCAGAGCCUGACAAGACUAACUGUAUAGGUUACUAUUACAAGCCGUGGUUCUUUCGGCAUGUGGAGGGUUUUCUGAAGCUGAACCGUGUUGCAGUGGAGUACAUUCCUCUCCGGCACUAUUACCACAGACACACCCGCAGCAUCUUCUGGGAAUUACAAGUACAUUACUCUGGGAAAUUUCACUCAACAGCACAACUACCAAAUUAUCUUCUUAUUUUUUUCAUAUUUUUUCACAUAGUUGUGUAG